UAAAAAGGUAACACGUGCCACAGACAAAUUUAAUAAAUUAAUGAAUUUAUCAAACAAAAUGAAAGUUAAAAAGGAUAAAAAGGUCGAAAAACGCCCCAAGGAAGAUGUUAAUAAGGAUGAUGCUGCCGUCAACAAGAAAAUCAACAAAAAACCAAAGUUAAACAAAGAUGAAGCUGUUGACGACGGCUCGCCCAACAUGCAAUCAAAAACAAGAGUAGGUAUCAAAUCGGUGGAUACAAACAUCUUUAAGUAUUUCAAGGAACUAACCAAUGAGGAGGAGAAAUUGCGUCUCGAAGCGGCCAUACAGUUGUUGCAGCAAUUGAAUCGCACAAAAGAUGAGGAUAAGAGACAAAAGGAGCUGCAAUAUAGUCUUAAACGUUUGAUACGUGGUUGUGGCUCUUCUACCAAUGUCUCCAGAUCUGGUUUUUACAUUGGUCUUGUUGGCGCCUUGAAAUCGUUGAGCCCCGAAGAGUUUUCACUGCAACAGGUUUUGGAUUUUAUGAAUAAAGAAUUGCAUGUUGGCUCUGCUGUCAUAAAUAAGGAAGAUGCUGAUGCUGUAGUGGGCAAAAUACUAGUUGUAGGAGCUUUAUUGCAUUCAGGACGUUUAUCGGAAGCCAAUGCGGAAUAUUUGGAACAAGUAACAAAUAUUUUGCUGCAAGCAACUCAUCAUAAAUCCUACCAUGCUUCGUUGGGUUAUUCCUUUGUGUGUGAACUUAUAGAGACGUUAUCCCCAAAACAAUUUGAAUCUUCGGUUUGGCCUCUGCUGCAAAAAGAAUUAGCCAAGCCAUGGCCCAAACAGAAUCUACAGACUGUUUACUGUAUUAUAGCACUACAAAAGAAAUUCCCCAAUAUUAUGAAUGGAAAAUUCAUUAAGGCACAUUUUGGUGGUACUGAAUUGCUAAAUCCCGAGAGUUAUCAGUCGCUGCACAAAAUCUUCUGGAUGCAUAGUAAUACCGAUAUACUAACACAUCCAGCAUUCGAAUAUUUUGGCAGUUAUGUGGCAACAUCCAAGAAUUUAUCUACAUUUUGGAGUGAAACAGUCGAUAAGGGUCUCGAAAAUCCCACCAAGCUAAUGGAGAUUGUAACAUUGAAAAUUCUCACAGAUAUUUUUGACCAUUUAGAUGUGGAAAAGACCAAUGUCCAUGAGUUGCUGGGUGACAAUUUCAUGCGUAUGUUUAUAGAGGGAUUGAAAAAUCUCAAGCAAAAGAAAGAUGAAACUCUAAAGGCUUUCUAUGGCGAUUUCUUGGAAUCAUUGGUUAAAUGUUGCAGUCGACUUACCAAAGAUGUGGCCAAAGUGGCUGUUAUACAACGUUUGAUUUUACCACCUGGCAUAUUUAACAUUGAAAAAUUCACCAGCAAUCGUAUAGUACAUCAACUGAUUAAUGCUUUGGGAGAAGAGGGUGUUAAGGAGAUAUUCAAGCUGUACAAAAACAUAUUCAUGGGCAUUUUUGUAAAAAAUCCUGAAAAUUCCACGGAAACUUGGUUGAAUUUUGAACGCUUAAAUGCCGGUUAUAUGCUGCAACAUCUACUCCAACACAAGGCGGUGCAUAAUGCCUACAAAUGGCGUGAGGAACAAUUAAAGUUCUUAAUGACCUGUGGCAUCUUCCAUGUCAAUGAUUCGGCAGAGAUGUGCAAAAAGGAAUCUGCAGGAGCUUUUAGUAAAGAUUUUGCCGAACAGUGUAAAAAUAUGUUUUACACUUGUUUGCAAAUUAAGUUGAGCGACAUUGAUAAGGAGCAAAAAUUGCUUUAUUCCUUGGCCAAAUUUUGCCAAGAGGGUUUUACCAAAAAACAUGCAGCAAAAUAUGUGCGCAUACAAAAAUUCGAUGAGGCUUUGCAAAAGUCUUGGAAAAACAUGUUUGAAGCAGUUAUUGAAGGCGAGGAUAAAGUCAACAAGAAGAAAAAGUCACCUGAUAACAAACUGCAAAAUGUCUUCAACAUACUUUUGCUGAAUAUGGGUCUACAGCUAUUUAGGGAACCUGAAAUGGCUGCUCCAGCUAUAGAGGAUUUACUGAAAUGUAUGUCCAAGACAAAGGGUAAUGCCAAGAAGCUCAAGAAGUCAUCAAAGCAACAAGGCAAGGCUACUACUAGUAAUGGAGAAGAGGUGCUAGAGGAGGAGGAACCUGAAUGGAUUGAAGUUGUGGUGGAUUUAUUCUUGCAUCUGUUGUCGCAAAAUAACAGUGCUUUGCGAAACAUAGUCAAUGCUCUGUUUCCACAUUUGUGUGAUAAUUUAUCAUUGACAGCAGUGCAUCAAAUAUUGGCCAUGUUGGAUAUGAAGGAUGGACAAAAUCCUUUGAGCAGCAAAAACGAAGAGGACGAAGAAGAAGAUGAUGGAGAAGGAGAGGAAGAAGGGGUGAAGGAGGAAAAUAGCGAUGAAGAUGAAAUGAAUGAAGAAGAAGUUGAUGAUGAUGAAGAAGAUGAAGACGAAGAUGACGAAGAAGAGGAGGAUGAUGAUGAUGAGGAGGAGGAGGAGGACGAGGACGAUGAAGAAGGCAUCACCGAAACCGAUAAACUACGCAAUGCCAUUUCCCAAGCCCUCAUUUCCAGUGGCUCCCAGGCUGGUCCAGAUGAUGACAUGGAAUCUGUCGAUCUAAAUGAUAUGACCGAAGAAGAAGGUCGUAAGCUGGAUGAAGCCUUGGCCAAUGCCUUUAAGGCCAUGAAAAAAACCGGCUCUGCUGGCUCACAAGUCAAGAAAUCCAAAAGCUAUCGCAUAAAAACCACCACUGUUAUGCAUUUCCGUAUACGAGUUCUAGAUCUAUUGGAAAUCUAUCUACAGCACAAACCUUCCUUGUUGAUUUCCAUUGAAAUUAUGCUGGCCCUCUACAAUAUGUUGGAGUAUUGUGUGGGCGAUGAGCUAAAGCCUUUGCAAGCUAAAGUGGAAAAAACUUUGCUAAAAUUAACCUCCAUUAAAAAUUAUGCCAUGGUUACUGCAGAGCUUAAGGAGCAAAACAUUGUCGACUUUCUAAGACUUGUCAUAGAAAAGAAGGCCCCUGCUCCCGUUUUUGAAAUCAUCAAUAGAAUGCGUAACAAAUGUUGUUGUUUCCUUAUAGUCAAUGCCUCAAAAAUCAAUGCAGAUGAAAGCACUCACAAGAUUUUGUCUUUGUGUCAGGAAUACACACAAGAAUUUAUAAAAUCCCGCAAUCCCCUUAUAAACAUAACCCUGUUAUCGGAGAUAUUCAAAUUACGUUGGCGCCACAUCUGGGAUUUGGCCGAUAAUCUUACACAGCAAGGCAUUAGUCUGGAAGCUCGAACUUUCCGCAGAAUACAGAUUUAUGAGAUACUUUCCAUUCUAUAUAAGAACAAUGAAUUGCAAAAACUCAAUGAAGAGGAGACCCGAAAACAUUUAAAGAAAAUUGAAAAGACCCUUAAAGCGCAUAUUAAUUCCCUGCAUCAAAAUAAAUCGCUAAAGCAAUCACCCAAGGAAUUUCAAACGCUAUUGGAAUUGGUUAUAAAUGCACAGAGAGCUCAUCAACGCUUGAAUUUGACAUCGGUAUUAACUUCCGCAGAAACUCUAGAUGCUAUACAAAAUUUAAGAAAAUUAAUACGUUUGGAAAAUACCCACAUAUAUCAGAGAUUUUGUGGUGCUUUUAAAUUGACUGUUAUACGCAAUACGCAAGUAGUUCAACAAAAUGGCCAAAUGCAAGCAGAACAACAAAGUGAAACAGAAUCGCAGAGUGAGCAUGAACAGGAAGGGGAGAGUGCCGAGGAGGAGAAGAAGACAAAUACAAAGAAAUCACUUAAGGCAAAAGUAGCUGACGAUUCAGAAUCAGUUCAAAAACGAAAAGCCAAUUCUAAGGAUUUGCGAAAAAUCAAAAAGCAAAAGAAAUUGCAACGACUAGAGGCAGCCUCACGUGGUCUUAAUGGUGGCAUAGGAUUUACCCAGCGCAAUGGUACAGCCCAUAAUGAUGAUUCAGAUGCUGAUUCAACGUAAUUGUAAGAAAGCAAUGCUUCACUAGUUCUAUUCAUUUUAUUUAUGUAAUUUUACAUAUUUCCUAUAUUUUUCGUCGUUAUGAUCCGAGUUUGUAAAAACGUACUACGCCCUUUUAUUUUUAUAUACAUAGCAGAUAUUUCAAUAAAAAACAAUAACUAAAAAUUCAAAUUUGACAGAAUCGCGAAAGAAUGUGGACAUUUUAAGAAUCA